CAGGCUUUUGGCCAUUGGGAGAUAUACAAUUUGAAUCAGCUCAGUAAACUGUAAAGACACCAAGUAGCUCUCCCAGAGUCCCAAUGCUUAUGCACGUUUUGAAUUUCCUUCACAUCGCACUUGGCUGCUGAAGAGCUUCUUUGAAGCGCCGUUGUUCCUAAGCAGUGGUCAGACUUGUACGAGCGACAGGAUGGAUCAAAACGCAGAGAUAGACCUGGCCAACGUUAGCGGGGCUCUAACGGACGCUCAAAGAGAGGACUUUAUCAAGAAGGCUCUGGCUGCGAAGGGUAUCGCAGGCAGUCCUGGUCUGGUUCAGCUCAUGCAGGAUAAGCUGGACAGGCUGGUUGGGAAGUCGUCAGGGUACCUGGAGUCCCUCCCGAAGAAGGUCAAGAAUAGAGUCGAGAAUCUGAAGAAGCUCCAGGAAGAGCACGAUGAAUUGGAGGAGCAGUACCUGAAGGAGAAGGCUGAGCUAGAGGCCAAGUACAAUGCCAAGUAUGCCCCUCUCUACGAGAAGAGGGCUGCGAUUGUCGGGGGGGAGUUCGAGCCCGAGGAGCUGCCCCCUAAGGAGGGUGAGGAAGCCAAGGAGGGAGAGGAAGAGAAGCCGGAAGCAACUUCCUCCGAGAACAAGGAGGAUGAAGAUGUGAAGGGCAUCCCCAACUUCUGGCUGACCGCCCUUAGGAAUAACCUGACAAUCGAGGAGACGAUCUCGGAGAAGGACGAGGGGGCCCUUGAGUACCUGCGGGACAUCAAGUGGCACCCGCUCGAGAGCCAAAAGGGCUUUACCCUCGAGUUCCACUUCGCUCCCAACCCCUACUUCUCAAAUACGGUGUUGACCAAGUCGUACUACAUGGUCGAGGACGAGGAGCCGAUCUUGGAGCGCGCGGAGGGGACGGACAUCGAGUGGCUGGCCGGCAAGAACCUGACGCAGAAGACGCUGCGCAAGAAGCCCAAGAAGGGCAGCAAGAACGCCAAGCCCAUCACCAAGACGGAGCAGGUGCCCAGCUUCUUCAACUUCUUCAGCCCGCCCACGAUACCCGAGGACGACAUGGACGAGCAGGAGGCGGAGGAGCUGCAGGACCAGAUGGAGGCGGACUACGACGUCGGGUCGGCGCUCAAGGAGAAGAUCAUCCCGCACGCGGUGGAGUGGUUCACGGGGGAGGCUCAGGAACUAGAGGAGGACGAUUAUGACGACGAGGAGGAGGGCCUGGAUGACGUGGAGGAGGAAGACGAGGAUGAGGACGAUGACGAGGACGAUGAUGACGACGAGGAUGACGUCCCGCAGCAAAGGGGGCGGAAAGGGGCCGCGGGGCUGCCAGCCAGGCAGAAAGGGCCAGCCCCUUCCUCUGGAAAGCCUGGGGAGCAGCCCCCUGAGUGCAAGCAGCAAUAACAAGCUGGGCAUGUCUGGCCCAAAUGAACUUAAGCAUUCUAGGACACCGUUAGAAAUCCAAUAAUGAAAAGUCGAAGGAUAAGACCCAAAGGAGUGGAGUGUUCACAUUCUGGCGUAGCUUAUGAGCUUGUGCUUUGGGUGCUUUUAAAGCAAUAAUUGGGGUUUGUGCCUCUCAUUUAUCGGAGACACAUAUCUUGUGAUGACAGUGAGGGUGCAUCUUAACCCAGAAGUCCAGGUCCAACACAUACUCUUGACAUUCUUGAUAUUGCAAGUUCAAGGGCUGCGAACAUAUUGUCACUAAUGGCUUGUCGUAUUCACUUUUGCACCACGGAGUAUUGCAGUGAAACUUGUAAUGGUGUCA